AUGGCAGAAGCUUUCAUUGGCUUGAGUGUGCAGGUUGAACUUAGUAAUGGCUCCUCGUUGGAAGGAACCGUAUCUCAUAUCGAUUCUCACACACAACUGUUAACUCUUAAAAACGUAAAACUUUUCAACAACGGUCGUACCCAACAACUCGCUAUAUAUGGAGUAGCUGGCACAGAUAUUAAAGAUCUUCAAAUACUUGCUUCGAACCCAUUAAAUCAGUCGAAUAUCUCCUCUCAACAGCGACAAAUACAAACUCCUUAUAAUAAUGCAAUAAAUCUAGAAACUGCUAAACUACCUUCACAAAACUCCAUCUCUACUCCAAAUAAUGCUACGAAAUAUGAAACGAUUCAAAACCAACUGCACUCCUCUAACCUGUUAUCGAGGUCGCCUUUUACAGAUCCAGCAAUUAUUUCGCCAAUUCAUUCUCAACAAACUUUAUCUGGCUCACGAACACCCUCAAAAACAACUCAAACGGGCUCAACAAUAGAUAGUGAUUCUAAAGGUGAUGAAGAAGAGGAACUUAUGAAAACUUCUAACGGUAAUCAUCACAAUGGUGGUGAAUCGAGCGGUGCCGAGUCUGGAAGUUUGACAUACGAUCAAAAAAAGGCAACAAGAAGGAGAAAGAAUCAUAAUACAAACGGACAUUAUCAAAGUUCACGAAUGCCUCAAUCUCCUGCAAGACGGUCCAGACGCGGCCGUAGACAAACUCAUGAGUGGGCUGGAGGUGAUGUUAACGAUUUUAAAUCGAAAGACUUUGAUUUUCAAGGCAACUUAGACUUAUUCGAUAAAGAAAAAGUGUUUGCAGAAAUUAGAGAACUGGACUCUACAGCGCCAGAAAAUCUUCUUGUCAAUAUCAAUCGUAAUCCAAAUUUUCGUACAAAUGGUCGUAAUGGUGGCUCUCAAUUAAAUCAGGCUACGUUACCCAAGCUAGCAUCUCAUGAGAACGUUUUAGAAACUUCUUCACGAAAAUCAAAAUUUUAUCACACUGAUGAAGAAGACGAAGCUGCUAAUGAUGGUGAAGUUGACUCCGAUGGUUCUUGGAAAAAGAAGAAAAAAGCUAAUGGCGUUGGCGAUCAUAGGAAAGUUAAAAUAAGGACAUUAACUGGUGUUUCAUGUCCUACUGUUCAACCUGUCCAAAUGGUUGAAGUUGAAAGGAUUGCUGCGACGGAAACUGGUCCGAAUGAAGAUCAAAUGAUUGAAAAUGCCGGUAGGGGAGCUUCUAUGAUGUGCCUACAGGCACUCGGUGGUUCACGGCGCAUACAACCACAUAACCAUAAUGCUGCUCCAUUAGUUGUGAUACUUGCCGGUAAUAAUAAAACUGGUGCAUAUGGUCUUGCUACAGCCCGGCAUUUGGCAAAUCAUGGGUGCCAUGUGAUUGCAUGUAUUGUCGGAAAAGAUAAAGAAUUACUCAAAAGUGUUGCCUAUCAACAAAAGAUUCUACAUCCAACUGGUGGAAGAUCUGUUAAAACUGUGUCAGAACUGCCACAACAAUUCACCAACCCUGUUGAUCUUAUUGUUGACGCCCUACUAGGCUAUCAAUUCACUUUAAGAGAUAUAGUUGAUGAAUAUGAAAAACACUUGAUAUGCGAAUUGAUUGAUUGGGCUAACGUUAAUAAAGCGCCUGUUCUAAGUUUAGAUAUGCCAAGUGGUGUGAAUGGAAAUACAGGCAAUCCUAGCAAUCCCGUUCAUUAUAUUCAUCCCAAAUGGACGUUGUGUCUUGGUGCGCCUAAAAGUGGGUGUAAAUCCCGUGCUGUUACCGGUGAACUAUUUUUAGCUGAUAUCGGUAUUCCACGAGUUUGUUGGAAAAAAAUCGGAGUUAAAGGGUGGGGUAUGCCUUGGGGUAGCGAGUAUUUAAUUGGAUUGGAAUACGCCACUUGA